AAAUGAUCAUCCCCAUACAGUGUUUGUGGUUUACUAUAGCCAUCAAGCUCAUUGUAGGAUUAUUGAGACCGAUGUCUGAAGACUAUUUCUAUUGGUAGAAUCACCACUUAUGCGACCGGCAGUAUCAGAAUUUCAUUUGGGAUAACAAUUUGCUGCAUGUUAAUUCGUGGCGCUUAAUAUUUUUAGAAAUUAACCUCUCCCUUUCUAAGGUGUUCUACUUAUACCAAGUUACAAAUUACCGUAAACAAAAGCUGUUUGCGUAAUAUACAUUGUCACUGGGAAGAAAUGUUUGUUUUCAAAAUAGUGUGCACGUUUCGAGCGCCUGUUUCAAAUGACAGUUCAAAGUGUAUUUGUAAACUUAAUCUUACAUGGAAACAAGGCCUACUCCACUCAUAUUUGCGUCGUAAAUGUUUAGUUAUGAAUAUCGUGUAGUUUUGCUACACUCCUAUAUGUGACAAUUUGAUGAAACAUUAUGUUGGUGCAAAAUUACCGAAGUGUGCAAUGAAACUCCCGUUCGAUUAAUUGGAUACUUUUUUUAGAAUUUCUACUAGUUUGUACUUCAGGAAUAUUUGGGACGACGAUGGACGACAGAGAAGAUGUGCCUAUCUUGUAUGGUGUAUUUAUAAUCGAGGAAAGUAAAACUGCUCUGUUCCUAGAAGUGCAGUGAUAGUUAAGCUGCUCUAAUUAUUAUCGACAUUGUUAUUAAGUUUAAUUUCUUUCUGUAAAUAAACUGUAGUCAUGUUAAUGAAGAUAACAGCUGUAGGUGUUUUUGAGUGCAGCGACUAUUCACUUAGCCUACAAAGUGAAUGUAAUUUCAAGGUUGUUUACUCAUUUGGUUAGAAGAGUUGAAAGGAAAUGUUAAAAGGAAUUUAUCGUAUGGAAUUGUUAACAGAGGCCUAAUCAAUACAUAAAAUCCUAUAAGAUCAAAUAAUUUUUUCAGACAAGUUAGAGUGCAACAUAUUAAGAGGGUGCAGAAUCCAAAGAAAAUUAAAUAAUCCCAGGACAAUGUAGAAUUACACUUUUCAGCAGAAUGUACAGUAGCUACAUCCUUUAUGCCAACUAUAUAACAAAUGACACUUUAAUGUAGGACACAGUUUUGUGUUACGAGAAUGGUACAAAUGACAUUUCCUUAAUUUCUACUAUUUUGAAACAAAUUGUUGUUAGGUUGAAAUUAGCUACAAUUACUUGUCAGAUUUAUACCAAAUUACUAUGGCCUAUGCGUACUGGAAGUCGGGGAAGGUGAAUGAUGUUGCUGUCUUUGAUUUGUAUUUCCGCAAAAAUCCAUUCCAAGGAGAGUUCACAAUAUUUGCUGGGCUUGAAGAGUGUCUUUUGUUUCUGGAGAAUUUUCAUUAUUCAGAAAGUGACAUACUGUAUCUGAAGCAAACUCUCCCACAAACAAUUGAGCCAGAAUUCUUUGUCUUUCUGAAGAAUCUCACACCGAGAGAUGUCACGCUCCAUGCCAUUGAAGAAGGGUCUGUUUGUUUUCCAAGAGUCCCCUUACUUCGGCUUGAGGGCCCCUUAAUCAUCGUUCAGUUACUAGAAACAACGUUACUCACUCUUGUCAAUUAUGCAAGCCUUAUGGCAACUAAUGCUGCCCGCUAUCGAAUGGCUGCAGGGAAGAACAUCACACUACUAGAGUUUGGAUUAAGGCGAGCUCAGGGACCUGAUGGUGGCUUGUCAGCAUCAAAAUACGCAUAUGUUGGUGGAUUUGAUGGGACAAGCAAUGUUCUGGCUGGCAAACUGUAUGGCAUCCCAGUAAAAGGAACACAUGCACAUUCAUAUGUAACAUCAUUUUCUGAUGUGAAUGAGCUCAAGAACAGAUUCUUGGCUCAUCGAACAACGGGCGUGAAGCAUGACAUGUUGCCAUUGUGUAUAGAAUGGAGAAAGAAAUUAUCAGCAUUGCUCGAUAUCUCUGACAAUGAAGCCUCUGAUGGUGAAAUGGCAGCACUUAUCUCCUUUGCAAUUGCAUUCCCAGAGGGUUUCACAGCACUCGUUGAUACGUAUGAUGUUAAGAGGAGUGGACUACUAAAUUUCUGUGCCGUUGCACUGGCUAUGAAUGACUUAGGAUAUCGUGCACAAGGCAUUCGGAUUGACAGCGGGGAUUUAGCCUACCUUUCCAAUAAAGCAAGAGAAAUUUUUGAAACUGUAGCUCAAAACCUGCAUCUCCCUUGGUUUGCAGAACUUAUGAUUGUUGCUUCAAAUGACAUCAAUGAAGAAACCAUUUUAAGUCUCAAUGAGCAAGACCACAAGAUAGACUGCUUUGGUAUUGGAACCCAUUUAGUUACUUGCCAGAGGCAACCAGCUCUUGGAUGUGUGUACAAAAUGGUAGAAAUCAAUGGAAGCCCUAGAAUAAAACUUAGCCAAGAUGUGGCGAAGAUAACAAUGCCAGGAAAGAAGGAUGUGUACAGACUAUAUGGAUCAGAUGGACAUGCGCUAAUUGAUCUAAUUAAGAGAUCUGUAGAGCCACCACCAGAGGUGGGUCACAAAGUGCUGUGCAGGCAUCCAUUUGAAGAAUCAAAACGUGCUUAUGUCAUUCCAACAAGAGUGGAGCCAUUACUUAAGGUUUGCUGGCAGGAUGGUAAAAUUUGUUGCCCUCUUCCUACACUCAGUGAGGUGCGAUCAAAAGUCCAUGCUUCUCUACGCACUCUGAGGCAGGAUCACAAACGAAAUCUGAAUCCAACACCAUAUAAGGUGUCAGUGAGCUCUGAACUGUACACCUUUAUUCAUGAGCUGUGGCUUCAGAAUGCUCCUAUUGGUGAGCUGUAUUAAAUGUAGUAUUGUUAUAAAAUAUUAUAGAAUGAGGAAGUUCAUGUGUAAAUAUGUUAAAAUUGUAACCAAGGGCAAUGAUGAUUUUUGGUAACAUACUGCACAAAGUUACUAUACUAAGAUAUUGCUCAGGCAUGGUAUCAGAACUAUAAAUGGUACAGAAUGUUAUUUUUAAACACUUCCUUUCAUAAUCUAUACUGAAGAAAGUUUUAGCUGAGGCAGUCAUAUUUACCAGAAACAAAUGAGAAAGAUAGAUUUAAACUUCAGUUUUGGGGAAGCUUCUCCAGAUGAUUGCUACCUGUCAGUGUCUGCAUCACUUUGGUUAAAUGCUUGUGGAGAGCACACGACAUUGCUUUUCAAUCUUUUGCUUCUGUCUGCAUAGGUGCUUUGUGUAACUUGGUCUAAGGAGAAAGUAGUGCAACAUUUGUUGAGUACUUGGAAAAAGAUCUUGCUGAGCGGAGUAGUUAUCAUCAGUGAUCAUGUAUUUUACAGAGCUUUAAUCACAUAGAUGGUGAAUGAAGUUCUCUUAAUUUUUGCUUAGAUCAUAAGUUGAGAGAGAGAGGUAAACUAUCUUAUCUGAGCUUCUGUCAUACUAUUUAGUAUUUUAGCUCGGAGUUCUUGCCUAGGAACCAAGCUGUUUGCUUAUGAGUUGUAAUGAACAACUGCAUUGAACUGUGAAAUGGCAAUGUGAACUGACACACCUGAUUAUAAUAAAAACUGCCGACUGUUAUUAUAUUCAGCACAGAUACUUAGAUGAGCAAAACCUUAGUCAUAUCUGACACUUUUUUCCAUGGACUUCAACACUGUUAGCAAACCUCUGUUGAGAAACAUUUAUUAUGUACACUGUAAAUUACCAUUUAAAUACGUCAUCCUGUAGGUAAUAAACACAUGCAAAAAACAAUCAUGUGAGCACUUGGGCACAAAUGUGUUUCUGUCUAAACUGUAUUAAUACAAGUUUUAAUUUUUUGUAAAUUUUAAAUGUUGCAUUGUAUACUUUUAGAGAAAUGACAUAUUUUGUAAGAUAAGUUUUUAGGACAUCUGUUCUUGUAAUUUUGGGCUGUGAUGUGUGUAAAAACAUUUCUUAAGUAUUACAUUUUUGUUUUUUAUGUAGUUUAACUCUUUUUUUAACAUUAUGUAAAGGAUACAUUACUGCUUGCCACAAACAUGAGACAUCAAGCUGCAGACAUAUUCAAUGAACAGAAUGCUAAAAGAUUUAUGCUUUCAGACAAAUUCUUUCUUCUGAAGUAGAAAACUCACACACAUUCGCACAAGUACAAUUCACAAAAACAUGGCCACUGCGUCUGGGCACUGAGGUACCUGAGGCAAGGGCCAUGUGUGAGUGUGAGUUGUACUUCUGUGACUGUGAGUUUUCUACUUCAGAAGAAGGAUUAUGUCUGAAAAUGAAAAUAUUUCAGUGUUCUAUUUCAUUGUGCCUGCCAGCAGCUCAAUGCUUCCUGUACAUUGUGAGUGGCAAUCUAUCAUUUCCAUCUUGUCAUAUUCCAUCCUGGACCUUCCAUUGUUCUACUCUUUUUUUCAUCAUACGUGUAUUUUCCAAUAUACUUAACUUUUUUGGUUGAAUUACAUGAGUAUUAAAUAACCUGUAAAUUAAUAAAUUGUAUGUUACUUAUGGAAGGUAACAUUCUGACUGAGGAUCUAUAACAACAAAGACACAAACAGUUACUGCAAAUCAUUUACUGUAAAUCAUUGAAGGUUAAUGUAGUUUUGGUGUAAGACAUGUAAGGUUUACAUAAGAUGUAUUGAUUUUGUAAAAAUGUUCAGUAUAUGUACCGUGUAAAUUUAUGUCAGAAUAUAUAAAUGUGAUAUUUUCUUUA